AUGCGCGAGGACAACCUGACUGUUGGGGGUGGCGGCUUUGGCCAUGGCUUUUGGGGCCAGCCAACGUCGUCCAUCGACUGGUGUGAGGAAAACUACGUGGUGUCACACUACAUUGCCGAGUUUUACAACACCGUGUCGUCGCUGGUCAUUGCGUUGUUUGGGUUGUACGGCGCCAUGCACUGGCGCUCUAUCGGCCACGAGCCCCGCUUCAUGGCCCUCUGGGCGUCCAUUAUCUGCGUCGGCAUUGGUUCGGCUCUGUUCCACGGCACGCUGCUGUUCUCUAUGCAGAUGAUGGACGAGCUGCCCAUGGUGUAUGCCAUGUUGGUGUGGCUGUACAUUUGGAUUGAGAAUGAGACCGAGACGCCGCGGAAGAAAUACCUGCCCGCCUUCCUCGCCGCAUAUGGCGUGUUCUGGACCUUUGUCCACACCUACCUCGGCUUUGCCACCAUCUUCCAGAUUCACUUUGGGUUGCUGGUGGUUGCGGGCUACACGUUUGUUGGUCGCUUCGCCUUCAAGACACAAGACCCGAGGAUCAAGUGGUUCAGUGUGCUGUAUGUUGCGCCGUUUGUGCUCGCGUUUGCGCUCUGGAGCACGGAGCGCAUCUUCUGCUCCAGCGUCCGCCCAUUCCAAUUUCAUGCAUGGUGGCACGUUCUCUCCGGAAUCAGGUUUGUUGGUUUGCCUGCUCUGUGCGUUGCAUAG